AACUCUUCUUCUUCUUCUUCUUCUUCUUCUUCUUCUUCUUCUUCCUCCUCUCUGUUUUCCGUUUUCAGAGUCGAAUUUGCUUUCGCGGUCGCCUUCUGAUCCGCGGUCUCUCUCUAGCGCUCUCGCUCGCCCGCGCCUGUCUUUCAGCACUCGUCGCGAUCGGCGAAUCAGAGAACGAACGAAAGAAGAGAGAGAGAGAGAGAGAGGCGAAGAGGAGAGAGAUAGGAAGGAAGGAAGGAAGCCAUGGCCGCCGUCAACAACUACGCCGAGACCCAGCAAGAGAGGUACCAAGGCAACACUCCCGCCGCCGCGCCGCCUUCCAAGCAGCCUCUCCCGGCGGCGAAGAGCGUCGACACCCAGUCCGUGCUCAAAAGGCUGCAAUCUGAAUUGAUGGCUUUAAUGAUGGGUGGUGAUCCUGGGAUAUCUGCAUUCCCGGAGGAAGAUAACAUAUUCUGCUGGAAAGGAACAAUCACCGGAAGCAAGGGCACGGUGUUUGAAGGAACGGAGUACAGGCUCUCUCUUUCCUUCCCAAAUGACUACCCUUUCAAGUCACCAAAAGUCAAGUUCGAGACCGCCUGCUUUCACCCCAAUGUCGAUGUCUAUGGCAACAUUUGCUUGGACAUUUUGCAGGACAAGUGGUCAUCUGCUUACGAUGUCAGAACCAUAUUGCUCUCUAUCCAGAGUCUUCUUGGAGAACCAAACACAAGCUCGCCUUUGAACACCCAAGCAGCUCAGUUAUGGAGCAAUCAGGAAGAGUAUAGGAAGAUGGUGGAGAAGCUGUACAAACCUCCAACUGCUUAGAGUCCAAGUAGAGAAUGGGUUCCUGGAAUGUGAGAGGGAAAAUAUGUUUCAGCCUUUCAUUCAUUCCCAAAGAGGUCGAUAUUGACUUGGAUUCUUUGGUUUGUUUCGGUGUGUUUUGAGUUUAAUUUCCUCAGGCAGAUUUUGCCCAGGAAAUGCCUCUCUUGUAUUGGAUGGAUGACCAUAUAAAGAUUGAGUUUUUGGAAUGGAAA